AUGUCUCGCAGAUGUCGACCACAAUAUGAACUGGAUUUUGCUGCAAUGUGUCACAAACUCAGUGGAAAGAGUACUGAUACUUCCAUCAGGGAAAUCAUACGCGAUUCUCAGCAAUUGCUUGCAUCGAGGCCCGUUGAGGAGCGAACAAAUAAAAGAACGAAGCUUCUUGAGAGCUUCAGGCUUAAAACCUCAACUCCGCUUAAAAGCCGUAGCAGGAAGCAACCACUUGUUAAUCAAACUCUCGACUUGGAAUCUGUGAUCAAGGAUAUCUCAGUAUGUGCUGCUAAAUAUUCUGAAGACUUCUUCAAACCCUCAGUUCCAUUGAGUGUUGAGAGAAGGACAACAUCUUCGGAAGAAGCGAAAGAAAAGCCAGCUGUGAUUGCUCCAAUUCCAUGUCCUGCUGCUAAGAGCGCUCCUGAAAUUGUUUCAUUCGAGGGAGUUCUGUACCAUUUUAAUGACCCAAUCGUCAUUUGGAUUAAUAAACUUCCAGACGUGUCCGCGGAACGUGGAAACUUUGUAAAACGAGCGAAGUCCAUUCACAGCGUUCAAAAUGGAGCAAGAAUUUCAAAAACAGAAGAUGCUCUUGUUUUUCCGAUGGAUGAGGUCAUUAAGGAAGAUAUUUCCAAUGCGAAGAUGGUUUCUGUGUUUGAAAGCUGUGAUUAUUCCGGGGAGAAACCCGCUGGUUUUUCAGAAUUGAACGCUCCGUCUUGCGUUGUUCUUGAAAUGGUGGUGUUACAUGUGAAGCGUGGCCCGAACAGUGUUUUCUUGUUCGAAACAACCGUCGAUGCGUCUGUGGAUGAAACGAUACCUGAAAUUUCUAAAAUCUACAAUAACGUCCUGAAAGUGAAGAGGAUUUCAGUUGAGGUGGACGAGUUAUGUCGUCAUGGUCCUAGUUUACCGCCGAACAUGGUUGGCUUAUUGGAAGAACAACUUGAGGAGCUGAAGCUCUGUGACAAUGCUUGUGAUCCUCCGAAAGGAACAAUGCAACGGAAGGAUCCUUUGCUGAAGCGGAAUGGGAGAGCACCUGUGGAUUCGGAUGCUGAGAUGAUCCUCAAAACAAAAACAGAAGCUUUGAACAUGCUUUCUCCUGAACAAGUUGAGCACAACGUGUGUCUGACGCUGCGAAAGACGGAGAUAGCCCUUGAAAUCAUUUCUGGCGCCUUGACAGUGGUUUACCCUGCGGGACUCCCAGAAUAUGAUCCCAUUAGAGAAGAGCUCGAAAAUCGCCAAGAUCUUCGGGGUUCUAGCGAUGAGCAAGACAUCCUUGAACCCGACACGGCAGAGCUUUGGUUUGCCGGGAAGCAGCUCCAACGUGGUCAAGCCAAGAAACUCUCUGAUUAUGUGGGCAAAAUUGAACGGUCGAAGGCGGUGGUGAAGCUUCAGAGACCCGGAUUUGGUCCCCCGGGGAUGGAAAGCGGAAUGAGUGAUGAUGAGAAAAAGCAACUGAUGUUACAUGCCUACCGGCGCCAAGAGGAGAUGAAGCGUGGUCCGAACAGUGUUUUCUUGUUCGAAACAACCGUCGUUGCGUCUGUGGAUGAAACCAUACCUGAAAUUGCUAAAAUCUACAAUAACGUCCUGAAAGUGAAGCGGAUUUCAGUUGAGGUGGACGAGUUAUGUCGUCAUGGUCCUAGUUUACCGCCGAACAUGGUUGGCUUAUUGGAAGAACAACUUGAGGAGCUGAAGCUCUGUGACAAUGCUUGUGAUCCUCCGAAAGGAACAAUGCAACGGAAGGAUCCUUUGCUGAAGCGGAAUGGGAGAGCACCUGUGGAUUCGGAUGCUGAGAUGAUCCUCAAAACGAAAACAGAAGCUUUGAACAUGCUUUCUCCUGAACAAGUUGAGCACAACGUGUGUCUGACGCUGCGAAAGACGGAGAUAGCCCUUGAAAUCAUUUCUGGUGCCUUGACAGUGGUUUACCCUGCGGGACUCCCAGAAUAUGAUCCCAUUAGAGAAGAGCUCGAAAAUCGCCAAGAUCUUCGGGGUUCUAGCGAUGAGCAAGACAUCCUUGAACCCGACACGGCAGAGCUUUGGUUUGCCGGGAAGCAGCUCCAACGUGGUCAAGCCAAGAAACUCUCUGAUUAUGUGGGCAAAAUUGAACGGUCGAAGGCAGUGGUGAAGCUUCAGAGACCCGGAUUUGGUCCCCCGGGGAUGGAAAGCGGACUGAGUGAUGAUGAGAAAAAGCAACUGAUGUUACAUGCCUACCGGCGCCAAGAGGAGAUGAAGAGCUUGGAAGCCAGCGAAGAAUUGAGGCAUCUCGGCUCCAAAUGGGCUGACCCGCAGUCGUUGAAGCGGGAUCUCCACGGCGUGACGGACGUGAAAUUCCGCCCACUUUAGGCAAAUUAGACGCCGUGAACGACUCCGUCCCUCAAUUGCAUGUUUUGAAAACUGUCGCGUGUUUAGAUUGCCUGGUCUGUUUGCCGUGAGUAUUUGACCUCGUUCCAGAAAAGGUCGUCUCCGGUCGAGUGAAUGUUUUAAAGGAAGUGCGCCUUCAUUAGUCGCGAGCCGUUCCCGUAAUGUGUUCAACGUGGUUAUUGAUUUCCAUAAUACAUUGGCACAACCGCUUAUGCGUCUA